AUGGGGUCCACAUGUCAUUGGAAGAGAAAAAGGAUUCAUCUUAUCUUCACUACACCGCCGCCCGUCCCGAGCCGUGGCAGAGCCGCGCCAUCGUCCGUCCCGACCACAGCCACCGGCCGGCCCGACCUCGACCGCCGCCCGUCCCGACCCCGGCUGAGGCAGAGGCCCGUCAUCGCCGUUGCCGCACCAAGGGCGAGGCAGGGGACGCCGCCUGUCCCGCCCCUGCGCCCGGCCGAGGAGCGGCCUGCCGCCAUGCGCCGGUGGGUCUCGAUCUUCUCGGAGCUGGCGCUGCCCCCCACCCCACCCGCGCGCGCGCACGCGGACCAGCCGCAACUCACCAACCGGCCGCCGCGCACCUUCUCGCCUGGAACCACCUCGCCGCCGCCAAGUUCGUCCAGAUCCAGUCGGAUAGAGGCAUCCCCGCUCGUCGCAUACCCGAAGCCCGGACUCCGCCCCUGCCCAUAG